AUGCUAAACCAUAGAGGCGAGGUGCUCGAUCAAGCAAAGCUUACAGUUGGUAUUUGCAAUUCUUCUUACCAUUAUAAAAUGAAACUGUGUAUUUAUCCAACAUAUGAUUAUACACAUUGUUUAAAUGAUUCAAUUGAAAAUGUAACACAUGCAUUAUGUACAAAAGAAUUUCAAUCAAGACGUUCUUCAUAUUAUUGGUUAUGUAAUGCUCUUGAUUUAUAUUGUCCUGUACAAUGGGAAUACGAUCGAUUGAAUCUUCAAUAUAUAGUUGUAUCGAAACGUAAAAUAGUUAAAUUAAUUGAAAAUAAUAUUGUUCGAGAUUGGGAUGAUCCACGUUUAUAUAUAUUAACUGGAUUGAGAUGA